AGUCCUUUUGAGAUAGUGGACAUCUCAAAUAUGUGUAUUGUAUGCCGGGAAAUUUCCGACUUCCUGGUGGGCAUAUAUUCGAAAACGCGUUUUUGGCUGCACGAAUCAGAAAGGGAGAAGGAGCAGGAGCUGUGUCUGGCAGACAUGAUAAAUGAGUGCUCCGGCUGUAAGGUGAAGCUGCUUGAUGGAUUCCCCGCGUACAUGUGCGUGAGAUGCGUUGGGGCGACGAACGCUGCUUUCCGAUUGAAGCGCCAAUACGAGGAGAGCUACCGCUACUUUGCACAGGUAAUACAAGCGGAAGACGAUCUCUGCACGAUGCUGGCGAAGGAGGAGUGGAUUUUGGCCGAUGAAAAGGCCGAGCCUCGUCGACCAGAGAAACCAGACGACAAUCAAAUGACUUUGGGUGAAACUAAUAAUACAAUGGACACAUCCCAAGAGACCGACGAAAACGACAACUGGGAAGAUCCCGAACCAGUAGCAGAACGCAAAUGGCAGCUGAUCAAGGAUCCCAUUAAAGAAGAAAAGAGAAACAGAAAACAGAAAUAUAGCGAGGAUACCAUUCCAGCUAGAAAACGAAAAAGGAGAACGUGCAAAGAUCGCCAGAAUGAUGAGCUCAAGGAGUCCGAUGAAGAUGAAUCCGAAACGUACAUUUAUGGUUCGAAGCUGAACGAGAAAAAAACGAAACGUUGGCUUUGCUCCAGUUGCAAGAAGUCCUUUGCACAACGUCAAACUCUGAAGGUGCACAUUCGUAUUCAUACCGGCGAACGUCCCUAUCAGUGCUCCCAGUGCUCUAAGGCCUUUGCUCAGAAAAGUAAUCUCGACAUACACAUGCGCAACCACACCGGCGAACGUCCCUACCAGUGCACCCAGUGCUCUAAGGCCUUUGUUCAGCAGGCCAAUCUCACAGCGCACAUGUGCACCCACACCGGCGAACGUCCCUACCAGUGCUCCCAGUGCUCUAAGGCCUUUGCUCAGCGAAGUCAUCUCGACAUACACAUGCGCAACCACACAGGCGAACGUCCCUACCAGUGCUCCCAGUGCUCAAAGGCCUUUGCUCAGCAGGCCAAUCUCAAAGCGCAUAUUUGUCGGCACACCGGCGAACGGCCCUUCAAAUGUCCGCAUUGCCCCAGAGACUACACCAAUAAGGGUCACCUGUACGUCGACAUGUGCACGCACUCCUCCCAUCGACGUUUCAACUGCUUAGAGUGUAAGAGCAGCUUUAGCCAGAAGAGCGCCCUGCAGAAGCAUAUGACCAUUCAUACCCGGUUGUUGUAUAAGAGUACAAAUCUCAUUAAAGUGCAGUCUGGGGUCUCGCCAAAGCCUCUCGAGGAAGUGAAGCCCAGGGCCGAAUACAAGCUGCGACCAAGAUAUACGAAGUAAGAAGAGAGAAAUUGGGCUGACAACAAAUGAAAUUAUCAAUAUUAUUAUUAGAAAGAGCAUUAAGAAUGAGUUAUGUUUUGAACGCAGAGCAUAGAAGAAGCCUUCUACAAAGACAAUUUAUUGUAUGUAGAAAUCGAAUGACAAAAGCGUUGGGCCCGGCAAAAAAUUUGGGUGAAUCUUGUAUACCUAAGUUCAAAUUGUAAAUAAAAUUAAUAUGAAUUACUUCAA